AUGAAAAAUCAUCUUGAGAACCAAAUUGACUUGCAACUACGGGACGCCGUGAAUAAUCAGUUGCACCAGCGCACCAUCCGCAACGUUGGCUAUAGACUCGGGCGCCGAAAAAGACUGUUUGAAAAACGUUGUCGCAUUUCGGAUUUCGCACUGAUUUUCGCCUUGUUUGGCAUUGUUGUGAUGUUGGUCGAAACAGAGCUGACAUUCAUCGGCGUAUACCAAAAG